AUGUGCAAGGUCAUCGACACCGUCCAGUCGCUCGCCAGGCUGCGCCGCGCCGUGCGGCGGUGGCGCUCCCGUUUGGCGGCCUCGGUGCGGCCCAACAAGGAUGUGCUGGAGCUUGACGCCGCGGUCCCGGCGGGGCACGUCGCCGUGCGCGCGGAGGACCGCGGCGACGGAGAGCCGUCCUCGAGGCGGUUCGUUGUGCCGGUGGCGCAGCUGAGCCACCCGGCGUUCCGGGAGCUCCUCCGGCAGGCGGAGGAGUACGGUUUCCCGUCGUCCUCCGGCCCCCUCACGCUCCCCUGCGACGAGGACCAGCUCCGCGACGUCCUCCGCCGCGUCUCGUCGUCCGACUCCGAGGAGCGCCCCUACUUCCGUGCCCCGUCGCCGGCGCGGCGCGUCACGAUGAGUCGCGGCCGCUGCUGCAGGCGGUGACCGCGGAGAAGCUCGUCUCGUGAUCGAUCGAUCGUUCGUUCGUACACCUCUGUACAUUGCACAAGCGGGAUAGCCGUGUCCAUUUGGCCCCUUUGAUGCAAGCCGGAAGCAGCAGCAGAAGUAGUUCAACUACGCGCGCGCCCAUGCCGCGGCGCCGUGCCAUCCGUGGCGACGGGUGCGCUCUCAGAAAGCCUGAAACCGGGCAAGACUUUCCAGACUCGUGACAAGACAGUUACAGUGACAGAUCGCUUCCAUGAUAAAUUAGUACUACAACACUAACAUAAAAUGUGUUUGCAGUUCAAAUUGAACUUCAAAAACAUCUUAUACAUUAGUUUAAAGGAAGACUAUCCUGCACCAUUGGUCUGUCGGUUGAGCUGGCAUUAGAAGAUGUACAUAUCUUAUUGUCCUAGAAAUUAAAUUUGUAUAUAUUUUCAUCA